AUGCAGCUCCCUCUGGGAACCGUGUUCCCAUCCCUUUGGGAAGGAGCCCCCCUGCAGACCCUCCUCCUCCUCUCUGCCAUACUGCUGAUCCUCGCGAGUUAUCUGCAGAGGAGGCGGCGGCAGCCAAACUAUCCUCCAGGUCCUCCUCGGCUGCCCAUAGUGGGCAACUUCUUUCAGAUUGACUUCAAAAAACCUCAGAUCACCCUCCAGGAGUUUGUCAGGAAAUACGGAAAUGUUUUCUGCAUGGAACUGGGCAGUCUUACCUUUGUAUUUGUAUCUGGAUUGUCAUUGAUCAAGGAAGUCCUGGUCAACCAAGAUCAGGUGUUUAUUGAUCGUCCCCAAAGUCCUUUGCGUUCUUACACCUUUAAAUCAUCUGGCUUAAUCAUGUCUAAUGGUCAAGCAUGGAAACAUCAAAGAAGAUUUACCUUAAUGACCCUAAAGAACUUUGGCUUAGGAAAGAGGACCCUGGAACAUCGGAUCCAGGAGGAGGCCACAUACCUUAUUGAGGCUAUCAGGGAAGAAAAAGGACAGCCCUUCGAUCCCCACUUGCAGAUCAACAACGCUGUUUCCAAUAUCAUCUGUUCCAUCACUUUUGGGCAUCGCUUUGAGUACCAUGAUUCUCAGUUUCGGGAGCUGUUGACAAGCCUGGAUGAAGUCACAGUGCUUGAACCCCGGUGGGAGUGUCAGCUUUUUGAUAUAUUUCCUUCGAUUAUGAGAUUCCUGCCAGGACCUCAUCAGAAGCUCUUUAAAGAAUGGAAGAAGCUAGAGUCUUUUGUAGUGCGUGUGAUCAAACAACACAAGGAAGACCAGAAUUCAGAGGAAGCCCAAGACUUCAUUGAUGCUUACCUGAAGGAGCUGUCCAAGGAUAGCAUCAGUUCUAGUUUUAAUGAAGACAAUUUAGUCUGGUGCACCCUAGACCUCUUCUUUGCUGGAACAGAGACAACUUCAACAACUCUGCGGUGGGCUCUGCUAUAUAUGGCCCUUUAUCCAGAGAUCCAAGACAAAAUACAAGCUGAGAUUGACAGGGUGAUUGGCCAGUCCCAGCAGCCCACCAUGGCCGAUAGGGAGAACAUGCCCUACACUAAUGCGGCCAUCCAUGAAGUCCAGAGAAUGGGCAACAUCCUUCCUGUCAAUGUGCCGAGGGUGGCCAGAGUUGAUACCACAGUGGCAGGAUACUAUGUGCCAAAGGGGACUGUACUACUGACCAAUCUGACUGCCUUGCACAAGGACCCCAAGGAAUGGGCUACUCCAGAAACCUUCAACCCAGAACAUUUUCUGGAGAAUGGCCAGUUUAAGAAAAGAGAGUCCUUUCUGCCUUUCUCAGCAGGGAAGAGGGUCUGCCUGGGAGAACAGCUGGCUCGGGCUGAGCUCUUCAUUUUCUUCACUUGUCUGCUUCAGAGAUUCACAUUCCAGGCUCCCCCAGACACCCAGCUGAGCCUGGACUUCCGAGCUGGCCUGACCACUUCUCCUGUCUUCUACAAAAUCUGUGCCCUUCCUCGAGAGACUCAGCAAAAGCUUGGCUUGUAG